AUGGCGGGAGUGUUGUCGUUUUCGCGCGUUUGUCAUGCAUCGAGGCCGUUCAUGUCAUUGCUUCCCAGGAUGCUUUCAUCUUCUGGGAAGGUCGACCUCGUCGUCAUCGGAUCAGGCCCAGGCGGAUACGUCGCCGCUAUUAAAGCGUCUCAAUUGGGAAUGAAGACAGUUUGCGUUGAAAAAGAUGAUACCCUUGGUGGCACAUGUCUCAACGUGGGGUGUAUCCCAAGCAAAUCCUUAUUGAACAACUCGCAUUUGUACCAUAUGGCCCACUCAGAUGAAAUGAAGAAUCGUGGGAUUGAUGUGGACUCAGUUAAGCUUAACCUGGAAAAUAUGAUGAAAGCCAAGGCUAAGUCAGUUUCCGCUCUUACCGGGGGAAUCGCUUACCUUUUCAAGCAAAACAAAGUGGAGCACGUAAAAGGUUUUGGCUCGAUCGCAGGACCGAAUGAAGUGUUAGUGAAAAAGUCGGAUGGUGGCGAAGAAAAAAUAAGUACAGAACGGAUUCUAAUCGCUACGGGCAGCGAAGUCACUCCAUUCCCUGGAAUCGAAAUAGAUGAACAAUCCAUAGUCUCGAGCACGGGUGCACUGUCCUUACCCAAAGUGCCGGAACACCUAGUGGUUAUCGGCGCCGGCGUUAUUGGAGUUGAGUUGGGUUCUGUGUGGAGUAGACUUGGCGCCAAGGUCACGUGCGUCGAAUUCUUGGGACAUGUCGGUGGCAUGGGAAUUGACAUGGAAAUCAGCAAAGCAUUACAACGAAUUCUGUCCAAACAAGGGCUGAAGUUCUUGCUCAACACCAAAGUUACUGGCGCCACAAAAUCUGGGGAAAAAGUCUCAGUCAGUAUAGAAGGUGUGAAAGACAGCAAAAAAGAAACUCUUGAAUGCGACACCUUGUUGGUGUGUAUAGGUCGGCGACCGUUCACAAAAGGUUUGAAUUUGGAGGGUGUUGGAAUUAAACUGGACGAUAAAGGACGUAUCCCUGUGAAUGAAGCUUUCCGUACUUCGGUUCCCAGCAUUUACGCCAUUGGCGACUGCAUCCCCGGACCCAUGCUCGCUCACAAAGCCGAGGACGAAGGUGUCCUCUGCGUUGAAGGUAUGCUUGGUGGAUCGACUCACAUUGACUACAACUGCGUACCCAGUGUCAUCUAUACCCACCCUGAAUGCGCCUGGGUCGGUCGAUCGGAAGAACAAUGCAAAGAGGCCAACUUGAUUGGAAAAUUCCCGAUGUCCGCAAACUCCCGUGCUAAGACCAAUGAUGAAACCGAUGGCAUGUUCAAAGUUCUCGCUCAUAAGGAGACUGAUCGUAUCCUCGGAGUGCAUCUUCUCGGUCCGGCUGCUGGUGAACUGAUCAACGAAGCGUGUCUUGCCAUGGAAUAUGGAGCAUCUGCCGAGGAUGUAGCCCGCGUAUGUCACGCCCAUCCGGUACGUCAUCAAAAGCAUUUUCCGACAGAAGCGCUAGUAGUGUUAGUUUUAGGCAUACAUGGUAGUUCACAAUACAAUAGAGCUUGUGGAGCAAUGUUUGAUGAAUGGAUUUUCCUGACCAUUGCGGUUUAUCAUUCGUUUUCAACAGGGUGUUUGAAACACAGUACUGUGUGUGGUGAACAGCAGACGGGGCUAACUCCACAGUCACGAAGACCUGCUCUGUCAUGA